AUGGCGCACUUCUUGAAGAAAAUCGCUUCCAAAUCUCGUGAACUGCCGAGGCGAUUGCAUCUUAAAGCCAGCGUUUGCUUGGCCCUACGAUCUAAAGCUGAAAUUAAAGACGGUCCCGGUUUGAGCCAUUUUAUUGCGAAUUCAUCGCGAAGACCGACAACAAUUUCUCCGACACUCGAACAAACAACUACCUACCUUUCACCCGAAGACUAUGACGGACAAGGACGUAUGGUGAAGUUAGUGACGUAUGGAUGCCAAAUGAAUGUGAAUGAUAUGGAAGUAGUGCGCUCUUUCUUAAAACAAAGUAAUUACAAUGAAACCGAGGAAUUGCAAAAGGCUGACGUUGUGCUUUUGAUGACAUGUUCAAUACGAGAAGGGGCCGAAGAAAAGGUCUGGCGUGAAUUGAAAAGAAUAAAACAUGUAGCGAAACGGAAACAAACUGUUGGCGUACUUGGCUGUAUGGCUGAGCGGGUAAGGCACAAACUUUUUGAUCAACAAGGAUUGUGUGAUCUUGUAGCAGGACCUGACUCAUAUAGAGAUUUGCCAAGGCUCUUAGCUGUAUCGCGAUCAGGUCAACAUGCUAUUAAUGUUCAACUAUCGUUGGAGGAAACAUACGCCGAAGUGGCUCCAGUUCGACAAGAUUCUCUUACCAAAACGGCAUUUGUCUCUAUUAUGCGCGGAUGCGAUAAUAUGUGUACGUAUUGCAUUGUUCCAUAUACGAGAGGUAGAGAACGAAGUCGACCAAUUGAUUCCAUUUUGGAGGAAAUAAGAAGGCUUUCUGGCGAGGGUGUUCGUCAAGUCGUAUUGCUUGGACAAAAUGUUAAUAGCUACCGUGAUAUGUCCGAAUCUACAUUUUCGCUCAAUUUUGAUGGCAUCCAAAGUAUUCCUGACUUUCGGACUGUUUACAAACCUAAACAGGGUGGAAGAACAUUUGCUACAUUGUUAGAUCUUGCGUCGAGAAUUGAUCCGGAGAUGAGGAUACGAUUCACCUCGCCACAUCCGAAAGACUUUCCUAGACCAGUAUUGGACCUCAUUGCCGAACGAACAAACAUUUGUAAGCAAAUUCAUCUACCGGCACAAAGUGGAGACAAUGGAGUCCUGGAAAGAAUGGGUCGUGGUUACACCCGGGAACUCUAUUUAUCUCUGGUCGAGGAGGUUUAUGCUAGGAUUCCAAAUGUAUCCUUAACCAGCGAUUUUAUAUCUGGAUUUUGUGGAGAAGAUGAAAAGGCUCAUCAGGCGACAAUCGACUUGAUUAAGCAAGUGAAGUACGAUUUUUGCUAUGUAUUCCCAUACAGCAUGCGAGAGAAGACCAAAGCAUAUCAUAAACUGGUCGAUGACGUGCCUGACGACGUUAAAAGAAGAAGACACGAGGAACUAGCAGCAGUGUUUCGGAAUGAGGCCGCAAAAUUGCAUGCAUCACUGGAGGGCUCUACUCAACUUGUACUUGUUGAAGGGGAGAGUAAACGGAGCAAAGAAAAGGUAUCAGGAAGAAUUGAUGGAGGGACCAAGGCAAUUUUUGAUAAAAUGCUCGACAAUGGAGAGAUUCUUUCAGCAGGAGAUUAUGUGAAAGUUCAGGUGACAUCUUCAAAUUCGCAAACUCUCUUGGCCAAGCCGAUAGCUCGAACAACACUUUCCGAGUGGUCGGCUUGUAAUGUUGUUGAGCUGCAUUUUGUUAAUAAAACUGGACUAAUAUCUGCUUUGCUCGCUUUAGGAUUUGUUACAAUCAAUCUAUCAACUGACUCUGUGGGUGGUCCGGGCGAAGUGGCCGGUCUUUCUCUCUUUCUUCGUGUUGGCACAACGAAUUUUCAAAACACUUUUAUUGCUGGCGAUAUGAAAAGAAAAAUUACUUGCCAAAAU